AUGUCUUUCUUUGGCUCACGCGACCAUGAAGGCUACGUUGGCAGAGAGGAACAUAUGAGAAAACUGGAAUCGGCCAACUCGGAGGACGAUGGUGAACUGGUGGAGCUUCCGCUCGGUGGUCUGCAUAUCGCCGAAGGGGUCCGACCGACGGCCGGUGGACCCUUCUCGGCACUCACACCGUCGAUGUGGCCACAGGACAUACUGACCCAGCUCGGCCAGCCGGAUCCGGACGAACCACCCAGCAAUCAGCACCAUCAGCUGGACUUCGACGAGUUUGGCUUUCGCGUCGAGGAGGAGGACGGCCCGGAGCCGAGCCCCAACAACAAGCCGCUCAGCACCCCGUUCAUCAUCGAAGAUCCGGGCCCGUGGAUCGCACAUCUUGAGUUUUCGCACAGCAAAGAAGCGACCGCACUGACAUGGGAAGCCGUGGACGUGGUGCUACCGCGCACCGAAAAACUGCGCACCAUGGUCCGGGCCGGCAUUCCACACUCGCUGCGGCCCCAGAUCUGGAUGCGGCUGUCGGGCGCACUGCAGAAGAAGCUCAAGUCCGAAACGAGCUACCAGGAGAUUGUGAAAGCGUCCACCAACGAUCAGCUCAUGACGUCGAAGCAGAUCGAGAAGGAUCUGCUGCGCAUCAUGCCGACGAACGCGUGCUUCAGUUCGCUUAGCAGCACCGGCGUGCCCCGGUUGAGGCGCAUUCUGCGUGGUAUCGCUUGGCUGUACCCGGACAUUGGCUACUGUCAAGGGACGGGUGUGAUUGCGGCCUCGUUGUUGCUGCUGCUGGAGGAGGAGGACGCCUUCUGGAUGAUGGCCACGAUUGUGGAGGACCUGCUUCCCGCCUCGUACUACUCCUCGACCCUGCUGGGCAUCCAGGCCGACCAGCGCGUUAUGCAAACGCUGAUCGGCAACUACCUCACGGCCGUCGACGAUACACUCAAGAGCCACGACAUCGAACUGUCGCUCAUCACGCUCCACUGGUUUCUGACGCUCUUCGCCAGCGUCGUGCCCAUGAAAAUCUUGCUCCGCAUCUGGGACUGGUUCUUCUACGACGGAUCGAUCGUCCUGUUUCAGCUGACGCUCGGGCUGCUCAAGAUCAAAGAGCCGACGGUGAAGCAUCUGGAGAAUUCGGCCCAAAUUUUCAACUCACUUUCCGAUCUGCCCGGCGACAUAGACAAUGUGGAGGCCCUGUUCGAGGUGUCGCUCGAAGUGGCCGGUUCCCUGUCGUCGAUGAUCAUCGAAACGCACCGGCGGCGCCAUCUCGCGUAUCUGAUGGCGGACCAGGGUGGGCUGGUGGGUAACCCGGAGGCGGCCUCGAACCUACCGAAGCAACAGUUGGCCCGGCGGCAGAUGAAAAAAUCCAAAUCCAUGCUCCAGACGAUCCUGUUCGGGGCGGGCGGGGAGGGCGGCGAGGAACUGAAGUGCAAAAACAUUCGCAUCACCGAGCAGCUGGUCGAUUUGCGGGACGCGAUUCUGAAGGUUUCGCGCCACUUUCUAGCGAUCGAGCCGAAACUGGCGGCCCACAUCGCGCUGGUGGCCGACUACGGGAUGGACAGUCACGCCAAAGAUCACGAGCGGUACAUCAAUGUGUCGAGAACGCGCAGUCGGAGGGCGAAAGCGUUGCACGACUUCGAGCGGCACGAUGACGACGAGCUCGGUUUCCGGAAGAACGACAUCAUCACGAUCGUGAGCCAAAAAGACGAACACUGCUGGGUCGGCGAGUUGAACGGGCUGCGGGGUUGGUUUCCGGCCAAGUUUGUUGAGCUGCUCGACGAACGGAGCAAGCAGUACAGUUGCGCCGGCGAUGAUGCCAUCUCGGAGACGGUGACCGAUCUGGUGCGGGGCACACUGGCCCCCACCAUCAAACAGGUGCUGGAGCAUGGUAUGAAGCAACCCUCGUUCCUGGGUGGGCCCUGCCAUCCGUGGCUGUUCAUCGAGGAAGCGGCCACGCGCGAGGUGGAGAAAGACUUCGAGUCGGUCUACUCGCGGUUGGUGCUGUGCAAAACGUACCGACUGGACGAGGACGGAAAGGUGCUGACGCCGGAGGAGCUGCUGUACCGUUGUGUGCAAUCGGUGAACCAGAGCCACGAUGCGGCCCACGCACCGAUGGACGUUAAGCUGCGAUCCCUGAUCUGUCUGGGGCUGAACGAACAGGUUUUGCACCUGUGGCUCGAAACACUGGCCGGCUGCACCGAGGUCGUCCAAAAAUGGUAUCAACCGUGGAGCUUCGUCUAUUCGCCCGGCUGGGUGCAAAUCAAGUGCGAACUCCGGCUCCUGUCUCAGUUUGCCUUCAAUCUCAACCCAAACUGGGAGCUGCCGGCCAAACGGGAAGCGGGCACGGGAAGCCAGCCGCUAAAGGAUGGCGUGCGCGAUAUGCUCGUCAAGCACCACCUGUUCUCGUGGGAUCUUUAAUAGUUUGCCAGUCGCUGGUGCCCUGUUUUUAGUUGCAAUCGCGCUCUGAGCGUGUCCGAGCGUGUUGUUCCACGAUGUGUUUUUCGUUCCAUGCACCGUUCCUUUACUUUGUUUUGUUAACAUAUUCAUACUUGAGUGACGAUCGUUUUAAUUAUUUUAGUAGAAUUGAUUUUACCCUAUCCGGCCCAACAGCCGUGUGUGACACGAUUUUAAGACUAGAGAAACGUUACGUUUUAUUGUGCGCGGUCAACUUAAGACAACCCGUUUAUUUUUUACUACUACUACCGUGUUCCGCGUCCUUGCGUGCUGCAGUAUUAACCUCGACCCUCGGUUCCUUGCUGGGCGCGCGGGAAGAUGUGGAAUUUUGCACUCGAUGGCACUUCAUUCGCUCCUCAUUCGCUUAAUUUUGUUUUAGAAACGAGCAGCUUCGGCAAACAAUUUUAGACAUUACGCCAUCGCGAGUGUAGAAAGGAAAAGAUAAACCAGGGUCAAUCAUGUGCUCGCCGUCUUUGUGUCGCCAAAAACUAUUCCAUUACCGUUGCGUACCGUGUGUACGUGUAAUCGUGUUCCGCCGGAUCAUUCCGCGUGUGUUCCGCACACUUUUACUCCACUGUGGGGGGUUUUGCGAUGUCGAAAGGAUGUGUAUGGCGGCCGAUCUUAGAUAGAAUUAUGUACAAUAUUAGGUGGCAAAAGAAGAAACCUCCUUCGCCCGAAAGCCACCGUGGGGGGGAGGCAAGAGACGAAACAUUAAACUGAUGAGUGCAAAAGUAAACGCUUUACCGCCUUUAACCAAAAGAAACCGCGUGUAGGAGGACAAAUCAAAUAUAGAUCAUAAAUCGCCUCCGCCGCUCUAUGCACUACUAAAAUAAAUAAAUACUAUCAC